AUGGCACCCCAUGUCCCCGUUCCAAAUGGUAUGCUGCCCUUCUGGCGGACAGAACCCCAUCCUCUAGAUAACUACCGCUCCAGCGAGACUUUGCCCGACCACAGUGACAUCGUUAUCAUUGGAGCCGGUUAUGCGGGGUCAUCGGUCGCACACCAUAUUUUGCAACAAGUGAAGCCAGGAUCACCAGUACCUUCCAUCACAAUUGUAGAGGCCCGGCAGGCCUGCUCCGGCGCAACUGCUCGUAAUGGAGGGCAUAUGAAACCCGAUAUUUAUAACCACAUCGCCACCCUUGCGACGGAACAUGGAGUCGAUGCCGCAGCUGAAGUGGCGGCGUUCGAAGCCAAGCAUGUCCUUGCGGUCAAAGAUUUUAUUGAGAAGGAGAACAUCGAUUGCGACUACACCGUUACUAAGGCCACAGACGUUCAAUUGGACGAGGCGCACUUCAAGAAACUCAAAGAAGGAUAUCAUCGGCUGAUCGCUGGGGGAAGCAAGCCAACAACGGGAGCUCAGAUCAUCGAGUCCAGCGAAGCAGAAACCUUCUCUGGCGUCAAAGGUGCCGUAGGCUGCUUCACCUAUGAAACAGGUCACAUCUGGGCCUACAAAUUCGUCCUCCAUCUACUAGAGAAAAUAGUCUCACAGGGGAUAAACCUACAGACGCAUACACCCGUGACAAAGAUUACGGAAUCCACCCAUCCGAGCUCCCCUCAUCGCUGGAGAGUGGAGACAUCCCGCGGCACGGUUGCAGCCAAUGUGGUCGUGCUCGCGACAAACGCCUAUACAUCUACCCUCGCGCCUCAGUAUCAGGGAAAGAUUGUUCCGGUGCGAGGAACGUGUAGUCGUAUUGUUGUCCCGGCGGGAUCGACGGCCCCUCGCUUGACGAAUUCUUAUACUCUGCGGUUGAAUGCUUGGGAUUAUGACUACCUUAUUCCGCGUGCGGAUGGUAGUAUCGUUGUUGGUGGGGCGCGAUCGACAUUCAUCCACGACGAGAAGAAUUGGUAUAAUGUCAGCGACGACAGCUUGGUUUUGGAGCCUGCCGUGAGGUAUUUUGAUGGGUAUAUGCAGCGCAAUUUUGCGGGGUGGGAGAAUAGUUUUGCCUAUACUGAUCGCGUUUGGACGGGGAUCAUGGGAUACUCUUCCGAUGGGCUUCCGCAUGUUGGUCGGGUUCCUGGGAAUGAGGGUCAAUAUAUUUUGGCCGGGUUCACUGGUCAUGGUAUGCCACAGAUCUUCCUCGCGGCCGAGGGGAUUGCAAAAAUGGUUGUCAACGGUUUGAGCUUCGAGGAUACUGGACUACCGCGACUGUUCAAGACCACUUCAACGAGAAUUGAGACUGGAAAUAGUAAUAUCUUGGAAAAGACCCCUCAAGCCGGUGAAUCGGCCAGGCUUUGA